AAACCAGUGCAGGAAAAAGUAGCAUUAUCAACCUUAUUCUUGGGGAGGAACUCCUGCCCUCUUCGACUCUUAGUACAACAUCUACCAUAUGUGAGCUAAAAUAUGGGGAGAAACGAGCUAUUCGCGUGCACUUCAAGGAGAAAAGCCACGAAAAACAGGGACCCAUUUACCUGGAAUUUGGAAAUUCUUCGGAUGAUUUAAAAGAAGUGUUAGAACAGUUUGUCAACUUAAAAAAAGAACGAGAAAGAGGAUCUCCUUAUCAGAAAAUGGAACUUUUUUGGCCACAUGAAUUGCUUAAGGAAGGUGUUAUGAUUGUUGAUAGUCCUGGAGUUGGAGAAAACAAAGCCAUGAAUAAAAUUGUGCUGGACUACCUGUCUGAGGCCUUUUGCUUUAUCUAUGUGAUAAAUAGUGCCAAUUCUGGUGGAGUUCAGAAGGACAGGCUUCUCGAGUUACUCAGCGAAGCGAAAAGGCUAAAGAAGGAUGAAAAAAUGAACGAAAAUUUAUUCACCAAGUGCGCAUUAUUUGUUUCCAACAAGUGGGAUGAAAUUCCUCCCAAUGAUGCCGAGCAAGUGAAGCAAAAGCAACUUGAAACACUUACUGAAAGGUUUGGAGACCUCGAUCCGGGGAAGCAAAUUUUUUAUCUAUCUUGCAACAAAGCUCAAAGCGCCCAGGCUUAUGGCGUAAUCACAGAGGAAUUCGAUAAGCUUUUGGAUGGAAUAAGUAAUCUUGUUGUGUCCUAUAUGCAGAACAGUCUUCAGAUUUACUCCAGGUGGCUUGAAGAUCUCCUGUCUCGGACGUCUAGUCAAAUCUGCAGUUUGUUGAAAACAACGACCAUGUCACGCAAAGAAGUAGAGAGAAAGAUGAAACGAGUGAUGAAUAUACUGGUUGAACUAGAAAAGUCACAGGACCAACUUGUUGACGAGCUACGUGAAUACCAGAGGCAAAUAAUCCAAGGUAUUAUUACUGAUCUUAUCACUUAUUUCAAAUCAGAUGAAAUCGAGAAGAAAUUUUGUGAGUGGGACCAGUACGAGAUCCCUGAGGCUAAACGAACUUGGGAAGAAACUAAGCAUGAAGUAUUGAGUUGCAUUUCUGAAAGAGCCAGGGAAUUUGUGCAGCAAUGGGAAGACAAGAAACAUCCUUUUGCCAAGAGUCAUGAUGCCCUGAUUCAACUUUGUGCUGAAAAGUAUGACAUCAUGGAAGAAGAUAUCAGAAAGAUAGACGAAGAAACUCUUCCUGGAAAUCCAGAGGAGGACAGUUCCAGUGGCGAAUCUUUAGAGCAGCGAGUCUCUAGGAAGAGCAGACUUUCGGAAAAACAUCGAUCAAGCAAUGCUCCAUUGUGGUUACGACAAGGCUUGACCUCGGUAGUACUUACUACUCCUUUCAUGGCUGCUCUAACACAGAAAUUAAAAAAGAAAUUCCAAUACCAAAGAAAGUUGGAACAAUUCCGUAAUGAUCGACGUUUAUACGUGGAGAAGAAAUCCAAGAAAUGUCUGAAGCUUAUUGCGAAAGAAGAUAGCUUGCUCCCCUUCAUAACUGAGCAGUUGGAUGAUGCCGUUCAGUUCCUGGUUCAGAUUAAAGCCAAGGUUCCUAAACUGAGACAAAGUUAUAAAAAGUUUUAUCGACAACUGCUUGCAGAUUCGAGGAGCGCGUUCGAAAUCCAGGGAAUCUACCAGCCUAUCAACUCGCGUGUGGACAUAUUGAGGACAGAAAUAGCAGUUUUCGAAGUCACCUUCAUGAGAACCUCGGAUAUCUCAGCGGGGCAGCUACAUAUACAAUGGAGCCAAUAUGACGAAUCCAUUGUUGGAAAAGGAAACCUUUCCACAGUAUACCGUGGUGUCCUCAAUCGAGAGGGACAACCAGAAACUCAGGUGGCGCUUAAAGUCUACAAUAGUCCUAUUGAGAACACCAAUAUGAGGCGUUUUACCGAGAAGGAAGAAGUUCUCAGCGUUCUUGACCAUCCAAACAUGGUAAAGUUUUUUGGAAUACAUCUCCUACCAUCUCCCUGCCUUACAAGAGUGGUGAUUGUCUUGGAGCUUUGUGAAUGCUCCCUCAAAACACACAUCAUAUCCCACUCUGAAAGUUCUCCCGCACACUCCGAAGAUGAAACUAUGCGCAAAAGUGUGUUGCUCUGGGCUCAACAGAUCCUAGAUGCCUUGAUUUAUGUUCAUCAACAAGGAUAUGUCCACCGAGAUCUUAAACUGGAAAAUCUAUUGUUGACAGCUGAUAGCAAAGUGAAACUAUCUGGUGUCGAUGUAACCAGGCAGGGAAAGCAAAUAUCGGGUACGUCGUGGGGUUCUCCUCACAUGGCACCUGAGGUAUUGGCUGGCGAAAUUUACGACGAAAAGGCUGAGAUGUACAGCUUUGGUGUAUUACUUUGGGAGAUGUGGUACGCGGAGACAGCCUUUCAAACAGAGAUUUUCAGCCAGUAUUCACAAUCCCAGCUUCUAGAUCUAAUAAAAGAUGGACUUCGUCCAAGUCAUAUCGAAGGAACUCACGAACCCAUGGGCCCCUGGGGGAUGUGGAAAAUCGUUAUGGAGACGUGUUGGUUGAGCAACCCUAAAGAGCGACUUACAGCUGAGAGGAGCCUAAGGGUACUUGAUAUGUUAGAUCAGUCAGUGGCCAGCGGCAAAAAUAAUCCAUUGCCGGAGGAACGGCAAAGCUGAGCGACCACAGUGAGCAAUCCUACUCUUUUAGAUUCGAGAACAGCCUCGAAACUAAAACCGAAACCGAAACCGAAACCAAAGCCAAAACGAGAGUUCAUGUAAUUUUCAAACAAACUUUGACAAUUUGUGGCGAAUGUAUUGAGCAAUGUCCAAGUUCGCCUAUUUAGUAACUUGAACAUCAAGUGUUAAAUUCUUUACUUGUACUUAACGUCUUAAAGACAUAGUAACAGUAAUUCAUAAUUUUGUAAGAUAGAUUUUCCGUAUAACGUUAGAGGAAGUUGAGGCUUUCUCCGGGAUAUAUAGUGGUUUAUCUCGAAAAUGAAUGCGGUGAAAUGUAUUCUUCGACAAUUUUAAAAUAUUUACAUACAUGUAUCCCAAGUACUUGCAGCUAGUACAUCCCUCUGCAACAGGGGCCAGAGUUCCAAGAUAUCUUUCGGAACGGAUCCGGAGUUUGAGUGCGACGCAGAACGACUUUGCUCAAAAAAUUCGUUUUCUGAAGGAAAAAGAAAGUAGGGAACCACCGAGUUCGUUUUUACGUUUGAUGUUUUACAUUCGUAUUCAUCCAAUACUAGGAUCCGCUUGGAAUUCGCACGCAAAAUAACUUUUGACCUUGCAACGGCAUAUUUCGCUGUCCUCUUCGGUGCGUGGGUCAGAAACGUUCUAGCAUUCCGAGAUUUUCCCAAUUAAUCCGGAGAUUUAUUAAUUUUGGUGAUAGGAACUGACCAUUUAACUACGGAGGAGAAAUUUAAUCAGUGGUUGGUGGUUGUUGUUUACUCAAAAUACAUUAUAUUAUUCGGAUGCAAAAAUUAUUAGCCUUGCUUCCAAAGUUUAUUCUUUAUAUAUUUAUCCUUGCUGAUUGAAAUCAGAUGUGAAAUUGGUAAUGUUCUGUGAAAGAACUUAAGCAGGUAGGUUCUAGGCUAUAAUCCGUUGAAAGCUAUUACUGAGCAAGAUACGAAGUGCUGGCGGAGGACAUGCUUUAAGCUUAGGCGGCCAAUUGCUAAGGUAAAUCGAAAUGAGCUUGAUGAGCACGGUUUUAAAGCAACAGAAAGUUACACACGUAAGCUCACUCAUGCUAACCCGAAAUUCUUCGCUAAAAAAAAAAGCUAAAUACAAAGUCGAACUUUCACUUUGUACCAAAAAAUUAUGCAUUUUACAAAUUUUUAGCUUACUUUGGCAACUCGUCAUUUCUAAAACUGUCACUCUUUCUUUCCUUGGCACUUUGUUCUCUAAUUAAGGCUGACUGAAUGAACGACCGACCCACUGACUGACUGACUGACUGACUGACUGACCGACAGACUGUCUGACUGACUGACCGGCCGACUGAUUGACUAGCUACUGAGAGUGUGACUGAGUGAGUCAAUGGCUGACUGACUGACUAACUGACUAGUUACUGAGUGAGUGGCUAGCUGUUUGAUUACUUACCAAGAGAGUGACUGACUGACUAACUAUCAAGUUACUGAGUGAGGGCGUUACUGACUGACUGGCAGCCGCAUGACUUCCAGAAACUGACGCAUAAAUAUUUGAAGAUUCAUUUACGUAUCAAAAACUAUGAACACACCUGCCAGUCUGAAGCACGAACAUGUAUCGUUAAAUGUGAACCUGCGCAUGCGUGGUUUACAGACAGGAAAAAGAACUCUGGAUUAUACGCAGCAAUGAAAUUAUUACACAUCGGGCAUAUCAUGGGAAUCGAGAGUGGAACAGCAAUUAAGGAUUACGCUGCCACAUGUCUUCUGUCAUAAGUGACGCAAAUAUCCCUGAAACAACUGGCGAAUAAAAAAUAGAGCUAGAGCUAUCCAGUCAACCGCCACAACUAAAGAGAAACCCCGAUUUGUCUUUUAGCUUAGAUGACACUUCGGGUUUUAUUUCCAAAAUCUGUGUUCGAGUGGGUAAUCACUAGAUUCUAAGGAUGUUUUCUCUUGACAUUUCUUCAUCAAAUAGUGUAACAAAAUCAUCAUACGCACAGAAAAUAAUAGGGAGAUCUCAUCCCCUUGUUUUCCGGAGAUAUAAGUAACUUGGCGUGGCACUACAAACAGUAAUAGGAUAUUAGAGAAUUCAUAAAAGUGCAGUUAAUCGCUUUAUCGCGAGUGCUUUGUUUAGAGUAGACUCAAUUAAAAGGCUUUCAUUGAAAACAGGUAUUUCAGUAUUUCAUCAAAUAAAAAUAGAAUCGACCUUUA